GUCAGCGUGCAGAUCCCAGAGCCGACUGCCUUCGUCCUGGUGUCGUCCAUGCCGUGGGGGCCGAACGAGAAACAGGACGGCGCUGACGUCGAUCUGGCGGUCCUGGAGAUAUUCGACACGGGCUUUGCCGAGCUCCUUCAGGAGGCUCGUCGUGUACACGGACUCGUGCGGAAGCAGUGGUUUAUCGCGCUGGUGAUGGCAACGCCGGAGCCAGCGAGCGACAACACCCAGCCGUUCGCCCUAGGUGUCGGGCUGGCCGCCGACAGUAACCUUGCCAAGGCUCGAGCUGUACAUGCCGCAGAGAUCAGAUCAGAGAUCUUGACCGAGGCCAUGUUCAAGAAAGCACCUGCAUCCGUAUCGUGAAGGCUAUACCCCGCCGCGGGUGGUGGGGCGACUGGCAGCGCAAGGAGCGGGCACUGGUUAUCGGAGGGCCUUGCUCAUCCUCCUGCUAAUUUCUAGGAUGAGUGUUGGGAGCGGUGUCUUGGGUCGUGAGUCUGACCGGACUGUUUUCUUUUUGGCUUUGUCGAAUUGGUGGAAGCGGUCGGUUGGGCAUGGAUGGCACACAGACGCAGCACCAUGCAAGGAGCUGAAAUAUUCGAGUAGUGUUGCCGAUGAGGUUUUUUUUGACGCGGUCACACUGUGUGAACAUAGCCUGCCACCCUGCCGCCGCGCCCAUCGUGUAGCCCGAUUCGCCGGCCAUGACAUCUGACCGGCACAUCUGAUAAGAAAACAAACGCGAUGAGUCGGUAACAAUACCAUUCUCGACCCUCCUUUCGGCAUGGGUCUCGGCUCGAGUAGAGCACUCGCUGCUCGUGCGCCUGCUCCCUGCUUCUCCCCGCCUCCCUCUCGCGCUCCCGUUGGGGCUGCCACCUGAGCAGCCGUCCGAACUUUUGUGGGCUCCUGGGGAGCUGAGCUCAGCGGUGUCCUUCUCGCAUCCAUACGAGAGUUCGCGAUCCCUUGGGGAGAGAGAG